AUGUUCACCCUAGGACUUUAUAGAAGAGCAUUUACUAGAAGCAUACCAAGAGUUAGAUUCAACUCCACUUCAGCAACCACGAAUGGAUUGUCAUGGGUAGAAUACUUCCAAUUGAAGAAGCAAAAUAAUAGAAUCAAUGCCGUCAGUGGAGUCUUUACAGGUUUUGGGGGAGCAAUGUUGACUCUAACCUAUUUGGGAAACAUUGAAAUUGAUCUUGAAAAGCCAUUGUUCGGGUUUGAUCCACUUAUGGUUAUGGGAGGUGGUGUUAUUGCUGGUGGACUUCUUGGAUAUUUGCUAGGACCAAUCGUGGGACAAGUUGUGUUUAAAACAUUAAACAGAUCAAAAUUGAAAGCAUUUGAAAUCAGAAAUAGUCAAUUUUUGUCAAAGUUGAAGAUCAAAAGGCCUGAUCCUUCAAGUCAAAGUUUCUCAAACCCUAUCCCAGAUUAUUAUGGAGAAAGGAUUUACUCUUUGAAAGACUAUAGACAAUGGUUGAGAGACUGUAACGCUUUCAGAAGAAAAGCAAAGGAGUUUAUUUGA